AUGACCCAAGAUGCCGAUGGCUCUGAAGCCCUGGCUCUGAACAGCCACUCGGGUGGAGAUUAUGGCGGAAUAGAAGCCAAGGAUCUACAUCUCAUCACCAGGUUCCACACAGAAGACGACUUGGACAUCCUGAUCAAGGAACUUGAAGAGGAGGAUGGCAAAGAUCUUGGCCCAGAGGUUCUGCCGAUCGGCCCUGGUACCGACAUUCACAUCCUCACAAAAAUACCCACAACAAACCCCUACACAGGCCUCAAUGAUGCAGAAGUUGAGGCUGGACGACGAAAGCACGGGUGGAAUACUCUGAAAGAGGAACGUCAGAGCAAGGUGGUUAAAUUUCUCAUGCUCUUUAUCGGGCCUGUGCAGCUUGUCAUGGAGGUUGCAGUUGGUCUCUCUGCCUAUUUGCAAGACUGGAUUGACUUUGGCGUGAUAUCGGGUCUGCUAUUGCUCAACGCUGUUGUGGGCUUCAUUCAAGAAUACCAGGCCGGAAACAUUGUCGAUGCUCUGAAGAAAACCCUCGCCCUCACUGCAACCGUCAUCCGCAAAGAAAAGACAGUCGAAGUCCCCGUCAAGGACUUGGUUCCUGGCGAUGUUGUGUUUCUUGAAGAGGGAGUUGUUGUUCCGGCUGAUGGAUUCAUUGUGUCUAAAGACGCACAUCUCCAGGUUGAUCAGUCUUCCAUUAGUGGAGAGUCCCUUGCUGUGGAUAAGCGCUCAAAUGAUCCCUGCUUUGCUUCUUCUACCAUCAAACGUGGGGAGGCACUCAUGAUCGUCACUGAUAUUGGUGACAUGACGUUUGUUGGAAAAGCUGCAGCCCUGGUGAACAAAGCAGCCAAUCGAAAGGGCCACUUCACCGUUGUUCUGGAUGGAAUUGCAAAAAUUCUGAUGACCCUUGUGAGCUUUUCGUUGCUCUUGAUAUGGAUCUCUGCAUAUUAUCGCUCCAACGAGGUUCGAUUGAUUCUGGAGUUCACCCUGGCAAUCACGGUUGUCGGUGUCCCAGUCGGUCUUCCUGCAGUUGUGACCACCACCAUGGCUGUCGGUGCAUCCGAGCUCGCCCGGAAGUCUUGUAUUGUUCAGAGGCUUUCCGCCAUUGAAUCCCUAGCCGGUGUGAAUAUAUUGUGCUCUGAUAAAACUGGCACACUCACCCGCAAUAAGUUGGCUCUGGGUGACCCUUUCGCUCUUCCAGGGAUUAGGAUCCAUGAUCUCAUCCUCACUGCCUGCUUAGCCGCUAGUCGGAAGAAGAAGGGACUUGACGCUAUUGAUCGUGUCUUCAUUAAAAGCCUGAGGAGAUACCCAGACGUCAAGGCUCAGAUGGACGCGCACAGGACCAUCGAUUUCAAGCCCUUUGAUCCAGUCUCAAAGAGAGUAGUUGCUGUUGUGCAGGAUUUUGACGGACGUCAAAUGACUUGUGUGAAGGGAGCACCAAUGUCAGUCCUGCGCACUGUUCAAGAUGAUCAUCCUGUGCCUGAGCUGAUUGAGAAUGCAUACCGAGAGAAGGUGGCCGAAUUUGCCAGUCGUGGUUUUAGGGCCCUUGGGGUUGCUCGCAAGACUGGUGAGCAAUGGGAAAUCCUCGGGAUUGUGCCUUGCCUGGACCCCCCUCGCUAUGACACCAAGCAAACCAUUAGAGAAGCGCAGAAAUUGGGUCUUCGUAUCAAGAUGCUCACCGGAGAUGCUGUGGGAAUCGCAAGAGAGACUGCUCGUUCACUUGGACUGGGCACUAACAUAUACAAUGCGGAACGUCUUGGCGUGACUGGCGCCGGUGAUCUACCUGGAUCCGAGGUCAAUGACUUUGUAGAAGCUGCAGAUGGGUUUGCUGAGGUGUUUCCGGAGCAUAAAUACAAGGUUGUGGAAAUUCUGCAGCAGCGUGGGCACUUAGUUGCCAUGACGGGGGACGGGGUCAACGAUGCACCAUCUCUCAAAAAGGCCGACACUGGCAUUGCGGUUGAAGGGUCUUCUGACGCUGCCCGGUCUGCAUCUGACAUUGUAUUCCUCCAACCUGGACUCUCCGCAAUCAUUGACGCCAUCAAGUGUUCUCGUCAAAUCUUCCACAGGAUGUACUCCUACGUGAUUUACCGUAUUGCACUGUCGCUCCACCUUGAAUUCUUCAUGGGCCUCUGGAUCAUCAUCAUGGACCAGACCCUUGAUGUGCGCCUGGUGGUCCUGAUCGCCAUCUUUGCCGACAUCGCUACCCUGUCUAUCGCCUAUGACCAUGCGCCAUAUGCCGAGGACCCUGUUAACUGGAACCUGCACCGACUCUGGGGUAUUUCCACUAUUCUCGGCAUCAUCCUCGCUAUAGGUUCUUGGGUUGCACUUGGUACUAUGCUGUUGCAUGGGGACCAAGCAGGUAUCGUGCAGCAUUUUGGCGCCCGUGACGCCGUCCUGUUUCUCGAGAUUGCGUUGACUCAGAACUGGCUCAUCUUCAUUACGCGUCUGAACACCAAUGGCCCUGUUACACUGUGGAGAAAUGCCCCUUCCACGACACUCAUUGUGGCCAUUUUGGCUGUGGACGUUGCAGCAACUCUCAUUUGUCAUUAUGGCGUCUUCCUUCACACCCAGACCUCCUGGAUGACCAUUGCUCGCGUCUACAUUUUCUCGUUGGGCACCUCUAUGGUUUGCGGCACCUCGUAUGUGACACUGAAACGCUCCACCCGCUUCGAUGACUUGAUGCACGGCCGAAUCUUCCGUCGCCCCCAUCAGCAGCGAGAGAAUGAGGAUUUUGGUAGGUUUUCAUGCUCUGAAGAUUUUAUUCUCGUGUUAACUGGGAUUGCAGGACUUAUGCUGAACCGAAUGGCAGUCGAGCAUGAGCACAAUAUCUGA